AUGACAAAUAGUAAUGCACCCAUGUUAAACUCCACCAAUAGAAAUAGAAAUGCCUACUAUCCAACAUCAUCCAGAAUAUCCCACAGGCAAAUGACUGCCAAUCAUGCCAGCUUGACUAUUGGAGCAGCGGGAAUGUCACCAUCAGGGACUGUAUCAUCCAUAUCAUCAAUUCGACCAUCAUCACAUUAUAUCAACAGAAAUAUUGGUAGCACUAUAACUGUAAGUCGAAGAAAUAAUCACGAUUUAGAUUCCGCUUCUAUAAAUGCAACACGACAACAAUCAAGACCAAAAAUAAAUGAAUUGAAUUCUAAGGUCAGCGUCCAACAACCGAAUGAAAAUGAAAUUAAGAACCCAAUACAGGUGACCGUAUGGUUUCAUGAUCUACAAACAUCUACUGAAGAUAUCAUAAUUGAUUCAAAUGCAUUUCCUGGUGGUGUUCAAGUUGGACAAGUAUUUGAGUUACAAGACAGACUAAAGAAGAAAGAUUCUAAGAAAUUGAUAUUUGUAGUUAAUGAACGUAAUUUGAGAGAGCAAUUGGAUGAAUCAAGCAAUGAAACAGUUACCGAUGAAGGAGCAACCAGUUCUGGGCCUGGACCAAAAUCGAAAUUUCAAAUUUCAUUAAUAUCAAACCCAUUACAGAAAUUACUUGAUUUACCACCCAGAAGUCUAGUUCAAUUGAAAAAGAUUACUAAAAUAGAAAAUGUGGUUGUCGAUUUAGUUGAGAUAUUUAUCAAAGAUGUAAAUUUAGCAAGACAUGAAAUGUGGAAUUUUUCUUCUGAAUUGGUAGGGACUUGUGGUUAUAUUGAGCAAAGAUUAUCAUAUUUAAACAGUCGUACUGGAAUAAUCAAAUACAUGUACAAGAAUGGUAAGAAAUUAUUUUCAGGGUAUAUCAAUCAAGAUACUAAAAUCAUUUUCAGAUCCGAAAGUGCAAAAUUAACCGUUUUGAUUCAACUAUCUACAGAAAUGUGGAAUUUUGAAGAAAAUGGUGAGAUAAUGUUUCAUAAGCUUGUAAAUAAUCUAUUUCCUGAAAUAUUUCGUCGAUGGAGAGAUAAAAAUACCCAUCAUUCAAUUACUAUUGUGUUAUUCACAAGUGUGGAUUUAACGGAUAUACCGUGGACAUCGUUAUUACAAGGGGAAAGGCCACCCAAUCGACGUGAUUAUUACCGGGUGGUAGUAGACCAAGUUAGUAUACAAUAUUGGGAUAGAAUUAUGGCAAACUUAAGAUUAGAAUUUGCGAAUUUCAAACGAGAUAUAAUGCUUCACCAAACUACAGAUAAUGAUGACAAUACAUUAUAUGUAAUGGAUGGCACUAUAUUUCCAUCAGUGAAAGGAAAUAUAUUGGAAGCAAUUAAUGUUGGUUUAACGUUGUUGACUGAUAGAUUUAGAAAUACUGAUCUUAAACAUUCCUUGAACCAUUUUAUGUUGAUAACACCUGGUACUGGAUUAUUUGAUGUUGAUUAUGAUUUAAUGUUGGAAACAAGUAAGAAAAUAACAAGUAUUGAUUCAAGUUUAGAUAUCAUCUGUCUAAGCCAGCCUCCAUUACAUGUCACUCCAUUAUUCCGGUAUCUUGUAGGUAGUGACGUAUGUCAUUGUGUGCCUAGUUGGUGUGACAUUUCGUUUUAUAGAGAUAAAACUGAAGGAGCUACUCAAUGGAUUCCAAGGUGCAAAAUCUAUGAAUUGCAAAUGAUGGGAGUUAUGGAGAAUGAAGUUAAUGAUGCUAGGAUUCCUCGGUUUCAUAUUCAGGGGAAGGAGAAAGCUUUAUUGGAUGUGAUGGAUGAUUAUGAUGAGGAUAUUUUCAAGCCAAUAUCAAAGAAGAACGAUAAGAAGGAAAAGGAAAAUAUCGAAUUCAAGGAUAUGAAACCUAAGCAAAAGCAAAUUGGAGAAGACGUGGUCAAGCCAACUUCCUCAACUGCUCCUCUUUCCUUACUUUAUCAACGUCCUGUUAUAAAACUAUCAGAUAGUUCAACUACAGUUUCGUCUGCCGUGGGAACUGUUGCGCGUCCAGACAGUGAAACAUCAGCCCUCUCAAAAUUAUACAGUUUGAAUAAGAACACUGAUGAUGUCAAAAGUCUAACAGCAACUAGUUCUCAAUCUAUUCGAAGUAUCACUCCUAUGUCGUCAACAAUUCGUACACUUGAUAGUUAUAGAAAGGAUGCCCAAUCACCCCGAAUAAUCAAAGGUGAGAGUUUGUUUAAUAGAUCGGACCCAGAUAGAUUGAGACAGUCAUUGGGCCCGCAAGUGGGGGAAGGUGACAAGGUUUCUAAAAAGAAAUCUCGGUCAAAGCUGCUGCUUCAAAAACGAGCAAGAUCAAUUACUGUGAUAGACCAAGAAUUAGAGAAUAUAGCUAAUUUAUUCUGGACAGAAAUAUCCAAUCCUUCUCAAGAAUUGAGAAAUAAUCUGUUACUUAGAUCUCAAAUAAGUCGAUGGAGUAAUGUCUUCCCCUCAAAAGUAGAACGGAAAUUAAUCAAAUGGAGAUCAUUCCAAGCUCCAGCCGCAUUACCUAUCGCGACUGGGAUUUUCCCAACUCCGAACCAACUUGAAACGGAAUAUACAUUCCAGAUUUAUAAUGUAUACUUAAACUACGAGAAUUAUUUAGAAUUAAAAACGACUCAUGAGUUAAUGCGAGAAAUGAUUCAAUUGAGAUUAAUGUUAGGAUUUCAAAUAUGUUGGGGAGAUCGUGUAAACCGCGCCGAAAUGGAACGGAAACCAGCUGGAAAUAUCGAGAGUAUAAUCAAAUAUUUCCCUGUUCAUGAAAGUGAUUCACUUGGAGCGAGGAUUUAUAUGCUUUUAGAUGAUGAAAUUCAUAGGAUUUAUUGUGAUUAUAAUGGGAAUUUAAAUGUUCAAUUAUAUAGAAAGGCAAUCAAGCAUGAUGAAAAUGACGCUAAGAAAAUUACAUUAGGACAAAAGGGACAGAAAAUUAAACCAUAUUUCCCGUUGAUUAGAACCAGAUAUGCAGACGAAUACACUCAAGCAAAAGUCGACUCCAUAGCUGUGCAACCGCAGAAAUAUAAUUGGAACCAGUUUGAUCAAUUAUUAGCUGGAUUUGACGAUGCGAUGCCAGAAGAAAAGAAAGAAUUCCAUAGGAUGAAGUUUGUGGUUAUGCCAACUGAUAUUCCCAAAAACGCAUAUUAUAUCAAUAAUGAAAGUCUUACUCCAGAAGAAAUUCGAGUGGAAGGAUUGCGUAAAUUAAUCAAUGUCAUUGAGAGAGGAAAAUAUAAAAAAACAGCAAGUCCUGGAAGGUCAACACAACAAUCAUUGUCUGAUAUUGUAUUCUAUACUGGAAAUUUAUAUGAUUUCCUAAAAGAAGAAUGUAAUAAUUAUGAUCUAACUGGUACGCAACCUCCAUUAAUGGUGCCUGAACAUAUGCGUUUUAACAAAUCUAUAAAACUUGCAGAUUUGGCCAAGGAGUUACAGGGACCAACAGGAUUGAAAUUAGUUGAUAGAACUUGGCAUUUCAAACGUCAUUUGGAUUGCUUCAUUGGUAGUGAAUUAGUCAGUUGGUUAGUUGAAUGUUUUGAAGAUAUUGAAACUCGAGAAGAAGCGACCAAUUAUGGACAACAUUUGAAGGAUAUGGGGUUGUUUAGACAUGUUGAAUCAAGACAUGGACUCUUGGAUGGUUAUUAUUUCUAUAGGUUUGAAGAUGAGUAUUUUGACAAAUCGAACAAACAGUCGAGAUCAUUGUGGUUUGGAAGAAAAAGAUCGUCUACGGUGGAUGGAAGUGCGACCCCUAAGCUUAGCAGUAAGUCCGAUUCUGAGUCUUCGAAAUCUCCCUAUGUUGAAGGUCUUCAGGAAUUAACUAGGAUUACUUCACUUGCACUUGAUUCGGAGAAUUCUUCUAUGGUUGAUUCGAGAAAGAUUAAGAAAUUUGUUCUAAGUCGAGCAAUUAAAUUCGAUGUUGAUCCUUUAAAGAAAUCUUUCCGACCAGAAUUAGUGACUGUUCAUUAUGAUCGAAUACAUAAUCCUGAACAUUGUUAUCAUAUUAGAUUACAAUGGUUGAAUACAACGACUAAAUUUAUUGAGGAUACAAUUACCUCAUGGACAAGAUUAUGUGAACGACAUGGGUUGAAAUUAGUCGAGACGCCUUGGAGAGAAUUAUGUUCUUUGCCUAUGAUAAGUCCCUUCCAUUCGUUUGUAGAAGUUAAGUUAAUACUAAACCCUUGGCAUCACGAAAAGUUGAUCAGUGAGAAGAUUUUGUCUUCAAAUAAGUAUUAUUAUCAUUUGUUCUUAUUGAAGAAAUUGGGAUUUUUGUUGGACAAUCGAUCUACAUCAUUCUUCCUGCAUGAAGAUAUUGAUAUUUCAUACAGUUGGGGAAAGCCAAAAUUUAAAUAUGCACAAUUUAUACAUAAAACAGGAGCAUAUAUUGUUGAAUUAAGAAGCAAUGGUGAUUUCUUCUUAGCUCCAAACAAUAUCCAUGUCACAAGAAUGAACUCCAGCAUAAGUGCAAUGACUGAUUACGAAAGUAAUUCCAAGAUCAUUAAUUUGGAUUCUCAGAAGGUUAUGUUACAAUUCAGAGAUGCUUGUCAGAAUGCAGAAUUUUUAGAAGAAGUGUUUAUGGAAGCUAAAGAUACUUGGAGAGAAGAAUCUUUCUCACGAAUUACGUAA